AUGAGGCCCGCCGCCCCCUCAAUAGAGAUUAUGGCUGCCCAGUCAGUCACGCCGGACUCGCGAUCCUCGUCAUCCACAAACUCGCCCCUCCCUGCCGACAACGAAGAGUCAGACUUCUUCAUCGCCGGCAACGAUUCGCAAUCAUCACUCGGUGUCCCCAACAUUGAGGACAUGCAGGUCAGCGAUGAUCCGUGCCAACCCGCCGUCAACCGGCUCCCUAGCGAGAUCCUCAUCUCCAUCUUCGCCAAGCUCAACAACUCAAACGACCUCUUCAACUGCAUGCUGACGUGCAAGCGAUGGGCUAAGAACUCCGUCGACUUGCUGUGGCAUCGCCCCGCCUGCACAAACUGGAAGAAUCACUCGUCCAUUUGCCUGACUCUGCAACUUGAAACGCCCUUCUUCGCAUACCGCGACUUCAUCAAGCGUCUCAACCUCGCUGCUGGUGGUCUCGCAGAUAAGAUCAGCGAUGGCAGUGUCAUGCCUCUAUCCGUGUGCACUCGCGUCGAGAGGCUCACUCUGACCAACUGCCGCAACCUUACCGACCAGGGCUUGACCAAGUUGGUGGAAAACAGCUCCUCGUUGCUUGCCCUUGAUAUCUCGGGCGACGAGCACAUCACAGACGUCUCUAUCUUGACCAUCGCCGAGCACUGCAAAAGGUUACAGGGUCUCAACAUCUCUGGCUGCCGCUUGAUCACCAACGACAGCAUGAUGCAACUUGCUGAGAACUGCCGGUUUAUCAAGAGGCUCAAACUAAACGAUUGUGCCCAGCUGCAAGACAACGCCAUCCUUGCAUUUGCCGAGAACUGCCCGAAUAUCCUCGAAAUCGACUUGCACCAGUGUGCACAGAUUGGCAAUGAGCCCAUCACCGCCCUCAUUGCCAAGGGCCAAUCCCUCCGCGAGCUUCGGCUGGCAGGCUGUGAGCUCAUCGACGACAGCGCAUUCUUGACUUUGCCCCCGGCCAAGACAUACGAUCACCUGCGCAUUCUUGACUUGACGUCUUGCGCGAGACUCACGGAUCAGUCGGUACAGAAGAUUAUUGAUGCUGCCCCGCGUCUUCGGAAUCUGGUGCUGGCCAAGUGCCGCAACAUCACCGACGUUGCUGUCAAUGCCAUUUCAAAACUCGGAAAGAACCUGCAUUACUUGCAUCUUGGUCACUGUGGCCACAUCACCGACGAGGCCGUGAAACGACUUGUGCAGCAGUGCAAUCGUAUACGGUACAUUGAUCUCGGGUGCUGCACCAACCUCACAGACGACUCCGUCACCAAACUGGCACAGCUUCCCAAGCUCAAGAGAAUCGGUCUCGUUAAGUGCAGUAGUAUUACCGACGAGUCCGUGUUUGCUCUCGCUCGCGCCAACCAUCGCCCCCGGGCACGCCGCGAUGCGCAUGGCAACAUUGACGAAUACUACUCGUCCAGCCUCGAAAGAGUACAUCUCAGCUACUGCACCAAUCUUACACUCAAGAGUAUUAUCAAGUUGCUCAACUACUGCCCACGCUUGACCCAUCUCAGUCUUACAGGGGUCACCGCCUUCUUGAGAGAGGAAUUCGCCGAAUUCUGCAGACCUCCUCCACCUGAAUUCACGGACCACCAGCGAGGUGUCUUUUGUGUCUUCUCUGGCGUCGGCGUCACGAAGCUCCGCGACUACCUCAACACCUCCCCCGAAUACGAAGGUCUUCGCGACUCGCCCGAUCCCCGAUUCCCGGGUCUCUCGAGCUUCCCAGCACGUCGGCCUGCGGAUCCCCGUGCAACGGCCGGACAUGCCGAACAGACCAACGGGGAUGCCGAAAUUGACGAGGCGGAGGUUCCUGAGGACGACGAGUUUGAGGGCCUUGACGGCAGUGAAAUGGCAGUGGACGGCCAGCCCUUGUUGGCACAAAACCUUGUGAACGGCAAUGCCCAAAAUGGCGUUCCUCCGCCCCCGCCAAACCAUGUGCCUCCGGCCGGCGCAGUGCCCAUGUUCGCCCAACCGCUUGGACAGGCUCCCUUGUUGUUCAGCCCUACAAGCCCCAGCUUUCCGCAGUCAACGCGUUCACCAACGGCCGGGGGCCCGGCGAAUCAUCCGCCGCCUUUGGUCAUCUCCAGCCACUACUCUCCGACAAGCGCCGGACCCAACACAUCCACGGCAAACGCACUUUCGCCCCAAGGUACCAAUCUGGGCUUCCCCGCAUACACAAACCGGAGACCUGCACCCCUUGGCGCCAGUACGGCAUCCAUGGAAGCGUCAAUGUUAAGCCCUGUUUCCCAUCGUAGCCGACCGGCGAGCGUCAUCUCCAUGGAGGCAUCUAUGCUGGGACCUCUAGACCCGGAUAUGACUGAGCCUACCACGCCAAAUGGACAACAGCAGCAUUGA